AAGAAGAAGAAGAAGAAAAGGGUCCUUUAGAGCUUUGCGUAAAGUUUCAGGCCGGACGUAUUUUUGGAGCUACACCGCCGACAUGGACGCCGGUUCUCAGCAUGUUUUACAGUAUUUAACAGAAGUUGAAGAGGCAGCUGAGGAUGUCCUCACUACUAAACAACAGAUUGUAGACCUGGACAUGAAGAGGAACAGAAACAGGGAGGCGCUGAGCGCUCUGAAACAGGAGAUGUCCGAUUCAGAAAAAGUCAAGGUUUGCUUUGGAAACAUGUUCAUCAAAUUCCCCACAUCCAAAACCAGAGAGAUGAUUCAGAAAGAUCUGGAGCAGCUUGAUAAGGAGAUCAGUGACCUUCGUAGAGGGCUGAAAGCAAAAGUCAACCGUCUCAAUGAGAUGCAAGGAAAGCCUGAGCUCACAGGGUACAAUCUCUCUCCACUGUCCGCUGAUGAAAUUAGAGCAAUCAACAGCCUGCUAACGAGAUGACCUGCAGACCACUCCACACAUCUGGACACAUUCAAAGACAGUUUGAUCGAUACUUCGAAAACAUCACAGUCCAUCCUAGUCAAGAGCACAGCAGUUCCAAUGAAUUUUAGAAGUAUGUGAGACAGCUUUACCUGAAGUCGGAUUGAUUUCUGGUGGGUGUGUCCACUGGGAUAAAUGGCAACAGGUUUUAGGCUUCUUCAUCAGCCAGAAGCUCGGCGUGGCUCAGUGCUCCUGAUGCGCUGGAAGGAAAUGCUCAUUUCUGUGGCUGCUGGCAACAGACGGCCCACCCAUCAUUAAAUCAUCCCAUGGUUUUAGCACCAGCCUGGACAGGACCUGUUUUUAGUGGCUUAGCAGAUUCGGCACUGAAUUUAACACUUGUGUAAAAUAAACUGUAUAUUGUUUUGUUAAAUGGGCAAACGCUCCUUUUAUUUACCACAUUAUGAUUAAAUACAAAACUAAUUCAAACAUUUCUUGUCAUGCGUCUUUAAAACACGUAUUUCCUUCUAAAAUGUUUGACCUUGAAAAAACCAGCUAAACCUUAUUGAGUUUGGUGAUAAAACACUACUUUUAUAGCAGAACAUGUGGUGAUUCCCAGAAAACCAUGAUAAGUUGAAUGGUGACGCAUCUCUCAGGUCCUGUGUUAGGCCUUUGGUGGAUUAUUUUUACAACAAUUUUGAAGAACAAUUUCCAAAGGUUUAUCUGCUGGAAGUAGCUUCUCAAGCCUUUUCCUUUUUUCCUGAUGGUUUUCUAAUUAAAAACAAAAAACUGCACAUCAUGCUGUGUUUUGAUAGAACCAGCUUGUCUGUGCAGAGGGGCAUUCAUUUUUUUCUCUCCUCCUUUGUUUCAGCCCUGAGAUUAUAGACCUGUAAUGGCUGAAUGAGUCAGAGGUCAGGGUUAGGUAGCUGGAAGUGAAACAAAAGACUUCACCUCCCUUAGGGAGUAGAUGUGCUGACAAUGACACGAUCCCAGUGGUGUGACUUUAUGAAACUCUUCUUUGAGCUAAAAUAUUCUUGGCAGCAGUUUCCUGCAUGUGUCCAUUUUGAUGCAAAAAAUGAUUGUUGUGUAACCAAAAUGCUAAGAGGACUGAUUCCAAGUGUCUGCUCAUGGGUUUAAUAGUGAUUUGCUCUGUAACCCUGCUUCAUCUGGGCUCUUAUUACCACUGUUCUGAAGUAAAGUUAGUUGAUCUCUUUGUGACACGGUGAACAUAAAUGGGGUUUAACUAUACACUUUUGAGCCAUUAGGUCACUGCAAUAAAUUCAUACACUUCUGAUAAUACUGCACAAAAAAUCUGUCAAUGUAAAAGCUGAAGCUGCAUAAUUUGCAAAAGCAGAUAUUUGUCCUCUUUAGUCAUGAUUGGGAGGGUGGAGAUAAAUCUGUUGAUACUGCUGUUAAAGAAGUGUAAAAAGAUGAAAAUAAAUGAGUUUACUACUGCAGCACCA